CGCUCGGUGCAUUCAAAAGCCGCGCGAUUCUCUGUUAGUGCGGUUUCGCGCUCGGAACCGACGGAGUGUGUUCCGCGGAUGUCGCGCAGCGGGUCUCCCCGAGGGACUCUGGUCAUCAGAAUCGGAUUAUCGCGAUUGUGUCUGAUGUGCGUUCCCAGUCCCGGUGCUGCAGAAGACGCGUGCCGGGCUGAUUGACGGAUCGGUCGGUGGACGUCGACGUCGCGUGCGGAAUCGCCGGAGGAAGAUCGACGAGUCGGCCGAAUGAAAUUCAAGUGGGCCAUUCGUCUUCUUGGCCCGACCGCGUAUACCGAGAAGAAAAAGUGGUCGAGUUAAUGAGACUUUGCGAACAGAACAGAAUUCGUUCCAAGCAAACGUUGUCGGUCGAACGAACAGUAACACAGUUGCUGUGAUGAGUUAUUAAUUGAUUCAAUGAUCGCGAUUUGAUCGGUAUCAGCGUAACUUGUUGUCGCACCGAUGCGCUACUUGUUCGAUAGAUGCAAUAUUUCGUUGAAAGCAGCCGAUUUUGUCGAUCCAACUGCUUUUUUCUUCUCAGUGUAUGAAUCGUGUGAACUGCGACGCCGGUAAUGGAGAUCUCCGCCAGUGGAGAGAUGAAAAUAGAUUUCCAGUGGGAAUCGAUCGCCGUGCACGAAGACGAAUUUCUCCCACGGUGGGAAUCGAGUUGGCCUCUCGAAUGUGCUCUAUUUGUGGAGAGCUAAUUGUGCGAAUGUGACGCGUAACAGUGACGGUGCGUGAAUUUUGCGUGUGUCAGCGACGGACUGAUCAGAGACGUACUUGGCUGCAAUCGCUCGUUUAAGCUUCUUUUCGCGGACGAGAACAAUCGUCUGCGGUCUACAGUGCGCGUUUGCGCGCGGAAUGAUUCAUCGUCUCGGAAGUGCGUAUCGAUCGUGAUUCUUCCCUCGUUAUCGCUAUUUCUGGGAUCUACAACCGCGGUGUACAGUGCAGUGCGAGUCUAUAGAUAUAAAGAAGGAUAAAGGAGAGAGAGAGAGAGAGAGAGGGAGAGAGUGUAUGUGUGUGUGUGUUAUAUGAUUCAGCUAUAAUCGCCACUGUAAUCUUGCCGUGAGUCGGCGGACUUGCGCGAUUGAAUUGCGCGAAAAUAAACGGAAUCUGCAGCUUCCCAUGAAAGUGGCGAGAAUUCCACCCCGCCGACUCAAUCGUGGGCAGAUGUUGGCUUCGUGCCGUGAUAACACAACUUCGCCGCGUUAUCGGGAGGAGAGAAGGCGAUGCGUUCUCCGCCACGUUUGUCAACGAGGAAGAUAAUAUCGGCCAACAAAGAGCGGAGCCGUGCUCGCGACGGCAACGACGACAACGAGAUGUAACGAGAGACGAACGGCGCGACGCGAGUAUCAAAGCUAUAAUAACUCCGAAGUCGGUCGCCGAAAUUAAAUCUAUUCGCCGUUCUCCGUUGGACGUGUGCCGCCUACCUAGGUGUUUCUCUCUUUCUCUCUCUUCUGGAAGCGGACACCGUGCAUACCGCGCGUACACGCAAUACACGGCCGUCGUGGACGAAGCUUCGGUGCGACGAAGAAGUCAGCAGCCGAGAAAAUCCGAGAUGGCAAGCGAGGUGAUGUUGGCACCCACGACGUCCAUACGGGAGAUGGACGACGUCAGGGAUAUGGUUAGAAGCGAGACCGUCAGCACGAUUUACGCCAAACAACGUGCCUCCGUGAAAUGGCUGCUGUCGAAGGCGUACAACAAUCGAGUGCCGGAAAAGCUCCGCGAGCCGUAUUACCGUGAUCAUGAGGAGCAGGAACAUCUGAAGCCGCAAAUUGUCCAUGCGCUUUCCAAUGCGGAGCUGUAUUGCCUCGCGUUGGCCAACAUAUACUCGGAUCCGAACUAUCACAAUCAGAAUCAUUGCGGGAUCCUGCAAGCUCUGGCCAGGAAAGGCGUCUACGUCGCGGAGCAGAACAAUACUCAGCUCACCGAAACGAUCCUCAUUCAGAAUUCACCACUCAAGAUGUCCGCGCAUAUGGCUGUGAUAGAAGGCCUGAUGGUCUUAUACGCGAAGGAGGUGGUGACGGGCGAUCGAGUGGUCUCGGCGAUACGACGGUUCGAUCCCCAAGCCGUGGUGGACGUACCGUCGGACCACGAGAAAGGACUCUUGCUUUGGAUCAAUCACGCGUCGCACGCGCUGAUCGCGAAGAUUCAGAUUGAGGAGGGCGCCGGCGACAAGACGCGACUGCCCGAGCUACCCGCCGCCAAGGACUUCCAGUCUCUCUGCGACGGCGUCGGUCUGGCUGCCGUUGUCGCCUUCUACUGUCCCGGCGAGCUCAAUUGGAUGGAGAUCAGGGUGUCGAAGAGACCCUCGGUGGCAGACGCGCUGCACAAUCUCUCGCUGGUGCACGCGUUCUGCGUCAAAUGUCUGCCCUAUUCGAUAUUCCACAUGCAGCCCGAGGACGUUACAUACAUGAGAGGGUCCAUGAAGCAGAACUUGGUUGUUUUCUUGGCGGACAUGUACAACGUCCUGGAGAUCCACCCGGCGAAAUGCGUGCGUUAUCCCGGUGAAGAGCGAGCGAUGCAAUACUUAGAUGCCUGCCCGCGCAAUAGUCAUGGCGUAGCUCAUAAGAGAAGUCUGCCACAGUCUAUAGCUCCGAUACCUGAUCUGAGAAGCAACCUCUCCGUAUCCGCGCCAGGCUUCACAGUUGCGAAGUCGGCUCCGAGCGCUACCGUGAAGAAGUCGCAAUCCUUACAACAAACUGCCGAGAGUCAUCCGUACGACGACAGGCGCGCAGGUAGCGAGGAAAGCUUCGUGGUGCAUCGUGGCAAAGGCAUUCCGACUCUGAGCUCCGUGGCCGAUGAGAAGUCCGUAACUAGAGCUGAAGCCGCUGGUCGGCCGAGCAAUUGGGAGGAACAAAGGCGGAGCUCGUACGCAGGCCGCCGAUCCAGGCGGAACAGCAUCACGGAUGAUUCUCAGCUGACCAUUGAGAACUUCGGCGGGUCUCAGGAUAAUUUACACAAUUUUGGUAGAAAUCCGGAUAAAGAAGUAGGGGCGCACAUUGGCAAGCGAAGCACCACCGAGCCGACGUUACCUGCGCGAUCCAGCGUCCAGGACGUGUACGGCAGUGGCGUGCAGCAUAUACUCUCGGACAACGGUUACGGGACGGGCGAGGAGCCGUCGAGAUUACGACGGCAGGCGUCCAACUCCAGUCUAGAUAACGUCGCUCUCAGGCAGAUCUUACAUUCCAGCGAGAACGACGCUGCAGAAGGUGGUGGCGAGGCGAUGGCAAAAAUGGCCAGUUUCGCGAAUCUGAGCAGGCAAAGCUCGGAGAAGGGGAUCAAUUUCACGUACACGGAGCAGGAGCGGGAGGACGCGGUCGCCAAGUCGAGUCUCACGAUGAAGAAACACGGCCAGAGCAACGGCAAUGGCAACGGCGAAAAGAAAACGACGUUCGCCACGCUGCCCAACACGACCACGUGGCAGCAACAAAGCAGCCAGCAGUCGCAACAGAUGGAGCAACAUUCUGUCGAUGAAAACGGCGGUAAUACCGUAAUGGCCUCGCAGCUGAAUAACAUACGACUCAAGCUGGAGGAGAAGCGACGGCACAUAGAGAACGAAAAGCGGCGGAUGGAGGUGGUGAUGUCGAAGCAACGGCAGAAAGUGGGCAAGGCUGCGUUCUUACAAGCGGUCACGAAGGGUAAGGUUAAAUCUCCCUCUUCGUCAACGUCCGGGGGGGACAGUCCGGCCGAGAUCGGUCCCCCCACUCCUGUAACCUCCGGAUCUUCCGGGGAGACCCCGACGAGCGUUUCCGAGACGUCCUCUGUACCCCAACAACCCCCUCAAGAAAAACCACAGAGACCCUUCUCGCUCAAGGAAAUUAGCGAGGAUGUGCGGGACGUCGAGCACAAGUGGUUGGAACACGACGGUAAUGCACCAUUCAUCGAAACCAGACGCACUCCAGACAUCGAGAACAUGGAUCCCGAACAGUAUCGUCAAUCUAUAACGCAAAUGAAUAACAGCCUGAGCGAGAUUCAAGCGGACAUACAGCGUUUGACGAAUCAGCAGAAUCAGAUUCAGCAGCAGCAUCUGAUGUCGCAGCAUCAGAAGCAGAUGCAACAGCAGCUCCAACAACUGCAGAGUCUCAGCCAGCAGCACAUGCAGAGUUACGGAAUGCCGCCAAUGAAUCCACUGACGCCCAGACUGCAGGAUCCCCAGCAGUCGCAGUUCUAUUUGCACGAUCAGCCGCAAAUACAGAGGAGAAUGUGGGGUCAACCGCCACCCGCUCAGAGCUUAGCCAAUGAGAUAGCCGCGGUCGGUUAUCAGCAGUCCAUGGAUUCUCGAUUUAGCUCUCAACCUACCGCUUAUCAGCAGGAUAUGCGCAUGUAUGGGGAUCCCACGAGAACUUGGGCGGCACCGCACCCUACGCAAAAAGGGUUUGUACUGCACGACACUCAGGAACCGAGGUACCUCAACGGCGGCGAUCAUAGUCUGUGUAAUAAUCAAAUGAGCCACCCCGGGUCCACGUAUCCAGGGUCUUCGUCGCUUUUUAACCAAACACAAGCCUCAUCUGCUAGUCCACAGCAUCGUAACGCCGUUCAUCGAAUUAGUCAGUUAAUUAGUGAAAGUCCCGAACCCAAGAGAUCAACUAUACAUCACAUCCCGAUUUCAUGUGAAAGUCCGACGGAAAAGAGGCAAGUAACCGCCUUGCAUACUCCGGUACCAGCUCCGCCCGCCGAUGACAUGAAGCCUCAGAAUAUAUCCUUUAUCGGCAAUGACGACGAUAUCGCGCAAGGCAUUCGUGGUUUGAACAUCACGUCAGGUAGUCGUACAUAUAGAAUACCAUCUCCGACGAGACCCACAAUAUCGCAGAAUUCCUUCCAACCUCAUCCGUCAUUGAGAGAGACAGCUUCCUCGCGUUCGGCAACUCCAGACGUUACACCUCUCGACCCCACGGACGCAGGCGAGAAAGGGUUCUACAUAUCCUUCGACAAUGACACUCCUAAGAAGCCGAAACCGACUCUUAGAGUGAAGAGAUCGUCUCCCAAGAAAGAGCGGAGCGUAUCGUCGUAUAUCGAACAUGAAGACUUCACGGUGCGCCCCGAAUCGCCUCCCGCUAGCGCAAUUGAAAGGCAGAAACAGUUUGAAGCUCAGCGGGAGUUAGAACGGGAACGAUUGCGGCUAGCCGAAGAAAGAGAACAUCAAAGGCAAGAAAUGAGGGAUAGAGAGCUAAAGAGGGAGAUGGAGAGAGAACGACAGAGAGAGAAACAGCGUGACGGCAGUGCGGAAGGCCGACACACUUCUGGCGUUGGUUUAGUGAUCGGCAACCAGCUUACAAAUCCUGAUCCGAAUUCUAUGGAUGAGAUGGAGAAGAAGAAGGAGAGAAUAAUGCUGCUGUCGCUGCAGAGAAGACAGAGACAGGAGGAAAUGAAGGAAAGAAAGGAAGCCGAGGCCCAAACGCGCAGGGAACAGGAAAAGCUAAAAGCAGAGGAGAGAGCCCGCAAAAAAGAGGAGGAACGACAGAGAAGAGCCGCUAUCUUGGAGCAUCAUAAGGUGAAGAAGGCGAUAGAAGAAGCGGAAAGAGAAGGUAAGGUAAUUGAUAAGGAGCUCCUGAAUGCAAUAAAUCCAGCAAAAUUACGUAACAAGACUGCAACUGCUCGACCACGGCCCAAAACAAUUCACGGCGACGCUGGCGCGGUAUUGGAUUCCGGGGCUCUCACACCUAGUCGUGGAAAGAAGGGUUCUUCUUCCAACUUAAGUACAGCGUCGCUGACCUCUCCGACGAUGAGGCGAGACUACUACCGAGGCUCGCAGGAUAGUCUCACUGCUGCCCAUCUCGAUGACCGGCGUUCCGGCCCUCUUUAUCGGGGCGGCAGUCUCAGGGUAUCUUCCGUAGAUUCUCCCGACGACGGUAGGGGCUCCUCGCCGUGUCGCAGCGUGAACCAGCUCGGUCGACGUGGCUCCUACAAGACCUCGAGAGAUGCGCAGGAGUCUCAGCAACAGGUUAGAGGCAGGCCUAAAUACCAGACUUACCAAAACUUUAAGGGGAGAAAGUCUAAUUCCCUGAUGAAUUUGUGCGAUUCGGACAGCGGUCUGGGCAGAUCAACGCCGCCGAGACGAGCCGCCAGUCCGGGCAUAGGCAGCAUGAGGCACCUGACGUCACCCUCGGGUCCUGGCUCACUACCACCCGCCUUGAUGACGUCGAAGAAGAGGGUCUACGACGACGGUAGCAGCGACAUCAGCAGCACGCCCAGUUCGAUGAUGGAUUACAAUGGCCCGCGACUGUAUAAACUGCCGAUAGCGAAGUCGAAUCGCAAUAUUAUGCUGAAUGCCGUGGAGUAUUGCGUCUUCCCCGGCACGGUGAACAAAGAGGCCAAGUCGAGGGUUCUGGAGGAGAUUGGAAGGUCCGAGAGCAAGCACUUUCUCAUCUUGUUUCGGGACGCCGGCUGCCAAUUCCGCGCUCUCUAUUCCUACUGUCCCGAGAGGGAGGAAGUAGCCAAGCUGUACGGUACUGGGCCCAAGCAAGUCGCCGAUAAUAUGUUCGACAAAUUUUUCAAAUACAAUUCCAGCGGAAAAUGCUUUUCGCAAGUGCACACGAAGCAUCUGACUGUGACCAUAGAUGCCUUUACGAUACACAACAGCCUCUGGCAAGGGAAGAAGGUGAAUCUACCGAACAAGAAGGACAUACCGCUCGUCAUAUAGUUUUACAACAAGUGGUUCAUACACUUAACAUUACCGCUACCGUGCCCUCUGUUGUUCAUAUAGUUACUAUUUUAAUACAGGCCCAUAUUAAAUUAAUGCGAACGUUGCGUUCUUAGUCAAUUUUAUAAGGACAAUUGAUCGGUGCUGACCCCUGUAUGUAAAGAAGUGAUGCAUACUGGCGCAUCGGCGCGCGAUCCACAUUCUUCUUGUAACGAUCGCGCACCGGUCUCCAAGGGUUAUGAUGAAAGCGGGGGAUGGGGCAAGGAGACAGGCGUUGUUACCAGGGAGAGAGGAUAUUUCGUUUCUUUUUCUUACGUUUUUCCAUUUCUUUUUUUCUCUUUUUGCGUGUUGGUCGUCAGCAUCUAUCAUGUGUCAUAAAGAUUGCCGGUAUCUGUAACCGUAGGAAUGGUUUGUCGUUAAUAUCCCCAAUACGCCCUUUCCCCAUUUUUGCGGACUAACUCUCGACAUGUAACCGCCUUGUAAUCGUGUAAAAUGUUGUGUUGCGAACGUGGCCGUUGCGACUGAGAUACACGCGUAAGUUGAUUUUUCUUAAGUUCAUUUUUGCGAGCGAGAGAGGAAGAGAGAAGAAUGUGUGUGUGUAUGUAUGUGCGCGUGCAUGUGUGUACGUACAUGUAUAUGUAUAAUGCGAUCCGCAUAGAUCUUUUUCCAUCCUUAGUAGGCUAGAUAUCUAAAUUAUUAACGAUUAUUCUAGAAAGAUUGAAACUUUUUAAAGAGUAUAACAAGAGUAUAACGUAACACGUGAGUGGUGAGGGAUCAUUAAUUUUGUUUAGAUGUGUCCCGCGCGCAAAUCGCUAGCCUCCAAGUCCGUUUUUAUUUAUCGUCUAGCGCGUCGCUUCUUCUCACACCUUGUGUGCGCAUCGAAGAAAGAGGAAGUUAUUCCUUUUUUUUAUAUCCUUUUUUUUUACUGGAGGACAUUGUUUUUUUUAUACUCACUUGUUACAUCUUACUGAUUGAGAUACACAUCGGUAAAAUACAUUCGCAUUCGUCGCGGCUCGAACGAAUGAGUGGACGGGGUCGAAUUAAUGAUUUCUCAUGUCAGAGCACGCCGCGUUUCCUCUUCGCGAGAGCGGAAGAAAAAAAGAACCUUCGCGCGACGAGGUGGCGACGCGAAUAAGAGCUCAUUUUGUAAAUAAGUAUGUUUGUUGCGACAUAGCGAAACGUUAAAAAACAGCCUUAUGAUCAAUCUGUCUUCUCGCAAGGCACGCGAGCGCCGCUCGUUCAACUCUGUAACGUUCUCGUCUUGAUUUUUAAACGGUCGAAUGUCGGAAGACACGCGUACAUUAAUUUGCGCCAAAAGAAAGAACAAAAAAUACGCGGGUGUCGAGAACGAGGUUUUUUGUCAGCAGAUUAAGUAGUUAUGAUCCUGUACAGAGAAAGUGGAUGUUCGCGUGUAAGUAUCGUUGCCUCGCGGAAAAGAAACAAGAAGUCCGUCGGGAAGGGGAGAAGCGAGAAACAUGAGGAACGUUCACGAGCCCGACAUGCUUCCCGAGCGCUCUUCUAAAAUCGUGCUCUCUUGAAUCGUCUUGUAAGAGGAAGGUGGAAGAUGGACAGCGUUAAAAGACGUUACGAGUUUUACCGAUGGAAUACUUCCUGGAGCUAUGUUUCUUCGAAUAAAGCUCAACUACGACGAAUUGUUAUCGAUUUUUUUCAUUUCGAAAACCAUAUUCCGCUUUCCUCAGAAGUCGCGAAGCGAAAUCCGGAAUACGACACGUUGCCCCGAUUUCUCUCCACGAAACUCGCCGGUGCAAACGAAACGGGCAACGAUCUGUGUGUAUGCGUGCGUGCGUGUGUGUGUGUGCGUGUGUGUGUGAAUGUAUGCAUGCAUGCAUGUAUAGUGUGGGUGUAAUUUACUGGGAGAAGACCGCUUAAUAUUUCUUGUGCCAUAAAUCUUGCGUCAGCUUCUCGCGCGCGGCACUGGCAUCGGCUUCCUGUCUCUCGUUGAAGCAAAACUACAAAACGCGGUACCUCUUCAUCGCGACAUCACCGCGGAAACACGAAGGGAUAAGGGGCUGGGAGAUAGAUAAACUUGAAGUAGACGUUUUAUACGACGAUGUCAGCGGUUAGCAUUCUUUAUACGAUUAUUUUUUGUCGGUCUUUUGAGAGUUUCCUAUCUUUGGCGACAACGAUAAGUCGUUACCAUUGUCGCCAAUCGCGACACGUCCCUGGGGUCGUUUCCUCCGAUCAUUUUUGUACAAGUCUUCGAUUCGGCGCGGACGGACUUAAAGCAAGCGUGCACAGGAACGAUUAUUAACGACACAAUUAUUACGAUACGACAUAUCGAAUUCCAAUAUUUUCUUCGGCAAUUAAUCGCGAAAGCGCGCGCGCGCGCCUGUGUGUGUGCGUGUGUAUGUGUGUCUUUGACUCGCUCGGGAUGUCGGUCGGCUUCGCUUUAUCGUGUCCCGUUAAUAUGUUUUGCUGUUUAACGUCACGUGUAAUCGAGGAACUUGAGAGAUUUAAACUCCGUCGAUUGUUGUGUAAUAAUUCAGAGGAGAAGAAUGUCUGCAUGUUGAGAGAAAGAGAAGAUGAAAGAGAGAAAAAGGGGCUCACUGCUCUGCAUUCCCAUCUAUUGUAAAUCUAUCCAAGAUAGAUAAUCUAUUCGCGAAGUAGUAGACUCGAGAAACGGUCCGACAGUCUUGACAAUAUCGAACGUGAGAUACGCGCCAUACUGAGGGGGAGGGAAUAAAAAAAAGGGAAUACGAUUCUCGAAGCGGAAUGCAAGUUGCGGUAAGUCCACGCUGACAACGUUUAAGAAAAGAAAAGAAGAGAGGGAGAGAAAGAGCGCGAGAUAGAUAUGAUUGCGCGGUUUAAAAUAUAUAUAGUCACUAAUUUUAAGAGCCAGCGAGAAUUAUGGCUUGUGGAGAUGGGAUUGAUUAUAAAAUUACGAGAGUAAGAGAGAUCUCGAUGGUGGUCGCUUACGUGCUUGAUAUUUAUAUUUUUUGAAAGAUAGAUGUUAUUAGUGAGCUGGGUGGGAAAGAAAACGUGGCGCGGGACAAACGCGAUAGUGAUCGACGUGGGAAGGAGAUGAACCGGAGCAAGUGAUAAAAAGGGAGGGUGACACCGGAAACCGAGAGACACAAUUGAAAAUUGUGGCGUGAUAUAAUUCGUGCGCGUCACAAUUAUAAAUCGCGCUUACUAAUAAUAAUAAUAAUAAUAAUAAUAAUAAUAAUAAUAAAUAAUAAACGAUUAUCGUUAUGUAAUGAUUGCCGGUUUUUAUUGUCGCGGAAGUUUCAAUGUUAAGGCAUCAGUUCUCGAACUCUAUCCGUGUCUCUGUAAAUAUUAUGUUUUUAUAUACACGUAAACGAGACUAUACUAUACUCGACGAUAUGUAUAUUUAUUCAGUAACGUCACGUAAGAUUUGGGUCAUAAUUUACUGUUAGCAUCUUCGCAGCGAAUGUCAUCAAUAAAAUUUAAUAACCCAUU